AUGGCAGAAUUUGGUUUAAGCCAGCAAUUGUCUCUCAUCCCUUCAUCUGAGCUCAAUUGGGACCUUUUCCAGAUACAAGUUUGUUCCUUGGUGUCAAUAGACGACAUAUUUUCCAGUCUUUUGACCUUGACUUCUUACUUAACGCAUAAAUUGGUUCAAUUUAUUGAGGAUGUUGGUGUUGUGAAAAGAUGUUUGGAAGACUCGUUGAUUUCAUUUCAUGAUGAUGAAGUGAAUGACACACAUCGAGGUGCUUUUACUUGUGUUCCUGAGAGUUUUUCAACAUCAUCUGGCUAUUGGAAUGCCAGCAGAACCCUUGGUGGUACAGAAAAUUCAUACUCAGAACUCAAAGAUCGCAUUGUAUAUUCCAGAUUAGGAAAUGUAGAUAGCAGUUACAGGCUUGAAGGCAUCAAUGUUGUUUUAAAGGGGUUGGUGCUUCCGUUGUUUGGCCUGAGACUUAUUAGGAGGUUAGCAUAUAAGUGUUGGAGUCGUAUAAUGUGUUAUCUCAGGUGUGCUCAAUCCAGAGUUUUGAGUUUUAUCUCUCGGGCGAGAAGAACUCUCCGUGGAUCUGCAGAUGAUAUUGGGUGGUUACUAAGUGAUCCUGAAAUGGCACCUACUGAGGAUGGUUCUGCAAGAUUUCGGGAACUUCUUCAAGCAAUUAGGAAUGGGGAGCACGAACUGCCUGAUUCUUUUAUUUAUCUACUAAUUCCAGGGCUUUUCAGCAAUCACGGCCCGUUAUAUUUUGUCAGCACCAAGAAGGCUUUCUCGAAGAUGGGUUUAGCUUGUCACAUAGCUAAGAUCCACAGUGAGGCAUCUGUGGAGCAUAAUGCUUGGGAACUGAAGCAAUAUAUAGAGGAGCUAUACUGGGGAUCUGGCAAACGUGUGAUGCUUCUUGGUCACAGCAAAGGUGGGGUUGAUGCUGCUGCUGCUCUGGUGAUGUAUCAGAAAGAUUUGGAAGGCAAGGUUGCAGGAUUAGCAAUGGUGCAAAGCCCUUAUGGUGGCACUCCUGUGGCUGCAGACAUGCUUCGAGAAGGUCAACUUGCAGACAGACAAACUCGGAGUAUCAUGGAGUUCAUAAUAUGCAAAUUAGUUAAGGGUGACAUGCGGGCGCUAGAAGAUCUCACAUAUGAGAAGAGGAAGGAGUUCAUUAAAAAGUACAAGCACCCUGAAAAUAUUCCUCUGAUCUCGUUCCAUUCGGAAACGGGUAUUGCUCCUGAGGUUUUAUACACAAUGUCUCUUGUUGCACAUGCUGAACUUCCCUGGCUUCCUUUACCUCAAUUUGGUGGUGAGAAUUCCAUGGAUGCUGAUCAAGUUCGCAGGCAGUUGCCUGUUAUAGUCCCUGUAUCUGCUGUUUUGGCCGUUUGUGCGCUUCAUUUACAGCUAAGGUACGGAGAAAAAAGUGAUGGCCUCGUAACAUGCCGGGAUGCUGAAGUUCCAGGCUCGGUGGUCGUUAAACCAGAUAGGAAACUUGACCAUGCAUGGAUGGUAUACUCUUCAUGGAGAAAGGAUCCAAGCGAACCCGACAGUUGCGAUAUGUGUGAAGCUCUUUUAUGUAUGCUUGUCGAACUUGGGAAGACAAGGAAAUAUCAAGCAGGAGGAGUUGGACAAAAGUGA